UUUUCAAAUGAAUCCGGUCUUCUGGGUAAUUACCAUACUUCUCGUUUUAUUGCCUGCGUUUCUUCGACUUAUAAUCAUUCGCUUUCGUAAAAAACGUGAAUUUGUGCGCUUGAUCGACAAAUUGCCUGGACCAAGAUCAUUGCCUGUGGUUGGAUGCGCAUUGGAGUUCUCGCCAGAUAAUGAAACAACUUACCAAAUGGAAUAUUAUUUCCGCAAAUACACAGAAGACAAGGAUUCUCCAGGGAUAAUGCGGAUCUGGCUAGGACCAAAACCGAUUGUGAUAGUCUACAAACCAGAAACUGCUAAAAUAAUUCUUGAAAGCAACGAGCUUAUUUCUAAACCAUUCGAAUAUUCUCUGCUUCAAGACUGGCUGGGCACUGGUUUAUUGACAAGUACAGGUGAAAAAUGGCAUAAAAGGAGGAAGAUUCUCACACCAGCAUUCCAUUUUAAAAUUUUGCAAAACUUUAUUCAAGUGUUCAACCGACAGUCAAAUACUCUUGUUGAGAUCUUGGACGAAUUCGUGAACCGGGGCUACCCUUUCGACUUUUAUAAGUGCAUAAAACUGUAUGCUUUAGAUAUAAUAUGUGAAGCUGCUAUGGGUAUUCAAAUGAACUCACAAAAGGGUAAAAACGCUAAAUAUGUGGAAGCUGUCAAAAAAAUGUGUGAGAUGGGUUUUUAUAGGAUGCGAUCUCCUUGGCUUUGGCCUGAAAUAAUUUGGCGAAUGAGCACAAGUGGAAAAGAAUUUAAAAACAACCUCAAAAUUAUUACUGAAUUCACGCAAGGGGUUAUUUUUAGAAUUUUCUAUAUCUAAUGAACUCGAAGGUGAUUUCAA